GGCAGCAAAACAGUUUUAACUAGUGGCGUCGAAACGAUUUAAACUUUCCUCGCGUAAAGUGUGAACUUGUGAGGUACGAUCGAAAAUAUGAUCAUGAGUUUCAGUACGCGAGCAGUGCAGUGAGCAGAAUUUAGCGGUUCAAAUGAAAUGUGAACCAAAGGGUGGCCAAAUGCUAGUGGUCCCCACUCUGCCGGUUCUUCUGAAGUGGUUUUUAUCUCAUAAAUGGUGGUGUUCCCUACGGGGUGUGUGCUUGUGAUUGGAGUGGGUUGAAUGUUCUCAUUUCGUCAGACGCCGUGGCCCUUAAAGUGGUUUAAAUUUUUGGGCCCCCCUCUUCGGAUACCGUUACUAUAUUAUCAUUAAUUCGUUCUCUCCCUUCGCGCCCCGGGGGGGCAGCUAAUCAACCGUCGCUGCUUAACGGAUGAUAAUGUUAAGUUAUGCGCUUCGGUUCGGUGUUCCAUGAUUUCAUGGAUUCUUCUGUAAAUCCAUGUUCUAGUAGGUUGUGACCGAUAAAAAGAGGUGCUGUGGUGUGAUUUGUGCUGAUGUGAGGUGGCGUCACGGAUUUCAAGUUCCCGCAAAUUCCUCCCCACAAAUAAAAAAAAAACCUCUGUAACAAGAGCGAGAAAGUGAAAAUUGGUGAAAAGUGGCGUUCGGUGUCUCGUUAAAAGCCGCUGAGAAAUUGUUUUACUGAACGAGAGUUGGGCACGGUUUCGGCAUUGUUUUGCCCUCCGGACUAAAGCUCAGACGGUGCUGUGUGACCUGCGACCUUUUCAGUUCCGGUUCACGUUAAAAACUGUACGCGGCUGGAGAAGGAACUCGCUGGUGCCCGUGAACAUGCUAAUUUUUAUCACAAAUUGUGAACCGUAAAUCCCCAGCGCUGAUGCUACUCCGGUAAACGAGCACGCGCGAGUCAACUUUGUGUCAGUGAGAUCGGAAGUCGAAAAGUGUUAUUAAAACUCGUUGCGUUCGGCUGGAAAGUGCCGAAAAAAGGAAGAAAUUAGAAAAAGAAAGCCACGCAAACGUGGGCCAUCAUCAUUUGAAAUGUGUUUACGGUAAUGUGGUUGGCAGUUGGAAGUGAGAAUAAAGUGAGUGUGAUCCAAGCGAGCUGCGUGUGUCGUGCUGCUUAAACAACAACAGUGAUUACUUUCAGUGCAGAAGUUAGUACGACUACGACGAGAGAGCCCUUGGGUUUGGAUUGUGUGCUUCAUAGAACUAGAUCGUGCGGAUUUCGUUGGCCGUUACCUGUUACUGGACCUUCGGACGCGUUAAGUUCAACCUUCAAAAUGGGGUCUAUAAAUCGCUCCGAGGUGCGAUCACCUGCAUCGCGGCAUGAUGCACGUCACCAGCAACCGUACCGCACCGGCGGUGGCGACGGUCUCAGUUGGUGAGAAGCGACCAAAACUAGCGUCCUGUGGUGAACCACCACAGCCCUCCGAUACUCCAGCGCAGGAUUCGCGCAAAGGGUCAUCGGCCUUCAUACAACGAUUCUACUUUUUCGGUUCCAAACCAUCCUCGAGACAGCCGCCAAACGAAGAAACCUGCAAACACAGUACACUCGAGGUGGAGCUAAGCAUCUCACCAAAGGCUAAGCGACCCAAGCUGCCACCAACAAUCGUGUCCUCGGGCACAGUACCAUCAGCACCGAGCAGUAACGACGACUACUCACCACCGGUCCAGUGUUCCUCGUACAGCGUACAGCGGUUGCGCCAGUUUUGGAACAAUCGUGUCCUGUCCGGGGCCACCGUUGAUCCGUUGAGUAGAAAGCUAAAGUGUGCCACUAUCGCCGGCAGUACCAGGAAGUCAGCUUCUCCGCAGGCCUCGCUACGGUUCCAGCGGAACGGUUCGAUCGGACGCUCCGGAAGGCGCCGCUCAUUACUUGCACUCGAGCAGGACAAGGGUAGCGGUAACGGCAAACGAUCGUCUCAUGCCGCGCUGCUCAGCCCACACCGUGAUCCAACCCUCGAGAAGCGAAAGUGCGUUGGCAGUGGCGGUGGUGGUGCCACAACGACGACGAGUGCCGCGGGUGUUGUGCCAGCGGCCGGUGUAGGCCGAGAUUCGUUCCCGCUAGCGACAUCCAGCCCAUUAGGGAACCACAUUCACUGGGCGCGCCGGACGGAACUGCUCGGUAUCAGGGCAUUGUCACGUGAAGAUAAGCAACAACAGCAACAGGCGGACAAGAUGCCACUCCGGGUGGAACAGUACGUCAACAAUUACAUCGGUGUGGACAUACAGAGCGUACCGGAUGAUCGGACGACCAGGGCGCAAGAUCCAGCCGCUUCGGAACAGGCGACCGCAGAGUCACGCGAGCCAGUUCCGACGGUGGUGGUCGAUUCCGUUGCAUCCCCGCAGGAGGAAUCACUUCCUCCUUCAUCUCUUCUGCCAGCGGCAGCAGCACCGGUGACGACGACAGUGGCCACUGCAUCGCUCGGACGCAAGUGCAACACACCGACACGCAAGAUUAGCUUCCUGAACAACAUCUCGCCAUACAACCGGCGGCUACUGGCCGGUAAUGGUACGAAGGUGGCCGCCCUAACCAGCAAGUUUAACCAAAUGAUCCAACAGGAUGCGAGCCUGCUGGAACAGGUGAAACGUCGUGGUGGCUAUCUCCACAAGUCCGGUAACGUGGCGUACAAAGUGCUGGAGGAUACCAGUGGUGGUGCUGCCGGUUCGUCGGGAGUGAACGAACUGUACGGUUUCGUGAGCACCACAUCCCGUAACGGAAGCCUCGGACGGUCGAGUUUACGGAAAAGGAAUUCCAACUCUGGCCAGCAGACCAACGGAGCAUCAGGCUCGGCAGCAGCAGCAGCAGCUCCUUCUGCUGGCAACCAUCGGACGGACGAAAGCUCCGACGAGAUAAGCUCGGUUUCGAGUAAAAACUCUUCGCUCCGGCGGACGGGCGUCCGGAAGCGGCCCAGUCUGCGCAAGAACAUCUACCGCCGCCCGGAAUGGGCCGAAUCGGGCCACCGUAACUCAUCGCCCGGGGUUCGCAAAAUGCUGGAGAUGUUUGAAUCGGCAGCAGCGGGCCGUAAACCGGAUGGCGGUGACACCGGGAAACCACCACCGGGGAAACCCAAACCGAAGGUACCGGACAAAAGCGAACAGGUGCUGCAGAAGACGAAGACGGGGCCACUCGUGAAGGAAAAGAAAGCGUUGGCCGCCAAGGAAAGCCAAGGGUCAGGACGCGCCCCGAACAUCAAAGAAAUGAUCAAGGAGGCGAUGGCGGAAGUUUCUUACGAGAGUCAAGUGGAUGGUAACGUAGAGACGACCUUACCAGCAGUCGCCUCAGUAGGCUCAGACGAGCAACAAGCAAUAGAAGUCACUAAGGACGAACCACCACAAACGCCACCGAAUGCAAGUUCCGUCGAGCAUGGCGCAUACACAUCGACCCCAUACGAGGCCACUUCCGCACUGCCAAACAGUGAGCCAGCGGUGGCUCCUAGCACAAAAGACGAAAAGAAAGAGAAGAAGAAAGGCAAGAGCACGGUCUCGAAAAUCUACGAACGGCUCACAUUCCGAUCCUCGAAGAAAAUCCAAAUCGAGGUAAUGCCUGCCGCCGGCGCUGACAACGGCAAUGAUCCCUCGGUCAAGGUGGUAUUGCGCGAGCUCGAGGAUCCGGCACGCACCUCAGAAUCGAAGCGUACAUCCUUCGUUUCGUCGCUCGAAAUCCCGACGAUAAUGGUGGAAGAGGAACAACCGGUGAUGACCAGCGAUGGUGGGCCACAUCCGUCACCAACGGAUAAGCGUCCAGUGGACACUUCGGAGCAAAAGAUUCUCGAAGCGAUCAGCACGGUGAGCCAGAGGAUCGAGAAUCUGUCGAAAAGUUUCAACGAUCUUUCCCUCACGGAGGAUGAGUCCGCGGACCGGGAGACGGUGAGUUCAGCCACCGAUGAGACGGUCCGGUUGUUGAGCGAGGUACGGCCAAACCCAUCGUUUCUGUUCCGAGAAACGGGUACUGGCGUCAGUAAGGCCGCUCCCCUUAGUCAGCGGAACCUCGUCGAAGCGGUCAAUACGGUCGUCAUCAACAAGUCCGUCUCGAUGGACGAUCAUCAGUUCCCGUGUUUCCGCGGCGCGAUCGGAAGGUUAAGCUGGAACGAGCGCACGGCGACGCAGCGGGCUCACCAUUCCGAGGACUCCGAUUAUGAGCCUGUUACGAAGCCGGCCUACGACCGUACGGUGACGAGUAAUGGGAGAGGAGCGACUCUUAUUAGUCCUGCCAGUGCGAUCGAUUUGAGUGAACUAACGACGAAGAUUGAAUCGUUUGUUCACAAAUCGAAGCGAGAAUCGGAGAACCUCUAUCAAAGCAUCAGUAAGCCACGGGCGAGCGAAUCGUCCGGUGUGGCGGAACUCGGUAGUCAUCUCCUCAAGCCAGACGACACAAUCAGUGUGAAUAGUUACGAAUCGUUCGAAAACUACGAAUCGAUCGAGCACCACCACACGGUUCGAGGGACUGCCGAUGGUGAGGCUGCUCGCGAGGAGGACACGUACGAAAUUUGUAGUCCACUGCCACCGGAUCUGCCACCGGCCCGGGAUGACAACGGCCGCACCGGUAACGAUCUGACACUGCCCCAACCAAAGCGCAUCCUAUCGUCCUCACCAAAGACACUGCCGAAGCACCUGCAGAUGACGUACCAGUCCAACUAUGAGCGGAUCAAGUACAGCAAAAUUCCACCGCGGCCACCGAAACCGGACGACAUUCCGUUGCCACCGCGCAACCCCACCAUCACCAGUACACCGUGCACCACACCGACCAACGUGCUCGAUCGAUCGAUCGAUGCGCUCUGCAGUAGCAUCAGUGAGAGCCCCUUCUCGACUCCGGGUCCGGGGACGGAUUUGCUGGACAAAUCACCCCACGGACAGCGGGAGCAGCAGAUCUACGAGGAGAACAUCUACGAUACGAUCCGCAGCGCGGACGAUAUGCUGGAUUACGAUGAUCCGGCCAGUAGCGCUGAGGCAUCGGGUGUCGGAGUGGCGACAGACGGAGAACUGGGCAUCGCUGACGCACC